AUGGAUCCUGCCCCAUCCUCUUCCCGCACAUCCAACCUUGAAUCCAAUGCCCCCUACCCUGUAGAAAAUUGUGAAAUCGUUUGUGAACUUCCACCAGCAGCAGAAUCUUCUGAUGAAAUUGCAGAUUUACAAGAAAACUAUAACACCUUAACUUUGGAACUGCAAAAUGAAAAGAGAUCGCAUGCCCGCUGUGCUGUAAAACUUAAAAAAUUUGAAAACAAGUUGAAAAAACAUUCACAAAGCAUUGAAGCACUCGAAAAAAUUUACACUGAUGCUGAGAAUUCAGAUGAAAAAGCCAUAUUUUUACUAGAUCUUCUUCAUAACUAUAACAAGAAAUCUCCUAGAUGGUCCGAAUUGUCUGUUCGUCUCUGUACGGUGUGGAGAUAUUGUUCACCCAAGUGUUAUGAAUUUUGCCAUAAAAAUUUAGUUAAAUUACCAUCCAGAUCGACGAUAGUUAGACACCUUGGUAAUUUUAAUGGACAAAAUAAUUUAAUCAAGGAACGUUUGUGCGCAGAAGUAGUGAAUUUGAAGCACCCCGUUCAAAGAUUAUGUUCGUUAAUUAUUGACGACAUGUCAAUAAAAGAAAAAAUGUAUUACAGUAGAACAGAAGAUUAUAUUUAUGGUCUUGAAACCAUUAACUCCAAUUCUAUCACAGAACAUCCCAAAGUUGCAAAUAAAAUGGCGUGUUUUGUAGCAAAUGGUCUGUCAGCAUCCUUUACUAUUGUAGCUGGGUACUUUUUCCAUUCUUCAAUGCCGGCCUCUGAUUUUCAUUCUUUAACUUUGCAAGUUAUUAAACUUCUCACAGAUUGUGGUUUUAUGGUAUUACGCAUUGUAACAGAUAACCAUCCGUCCAAUGUGGCUUUGUUCAAGAACUUGUGUGGAGGAACUCUGGAAAAUUAUUUUAAUCACCCAUAUCUUCCUAUGCCCAUAUUUUUAUCGUUUGACUAUUGCCAUGCCAUUAAAAAUGCCAGGAACCUUUUUUUAAGUCAUAAUAUGAAUUCGACAACCGGUGUUAUCUCCUCGUCCUAUUUAAAUACCUUAUACGGUUUACAAAGAGGAUGGCCUUUGAAACCCGUCAGAUAUCUUACAAAAAAGCAUUUAUAUCCUUCAAAUCUUGAAAAAAUGAAUGUUUUGCGGGCUGUGCAGAUAUUUUCCCCAACGGUUACCUCAGCACUAAAAUUAUUAAAAGAAGAGAAAUAUAAAGACUUUGUUGAUAGUGAUGCAACUAUUUUGUAUAUGGAAAAUAUGUUCCAUUUUUUUCAAGUCCAUAACAUCUCAAAUCAACGCCUCCAUUGGUUGAAUACUACUUUCCAAAAUUACAUAGAUGAUAUCCAGUCCACUUCAGCCAGCACAGGAUAUAAAUGUUUAAGCAGCGAAACAGCACAUGCUCUAAAAUUUAUUGCAAAGAAUGCUGUGGAAGCGACAUUUUCGCAUAUUCGUUUAAAAGGAGGCUCAAAUGAUGCUACUGACGCUCGUGCAGCUGAAUAUGCCUUACGUCAAAUUUUAAGAACUGGAAUUCUAAAAUCUUCGUCAUCUGCCAACACUUGGAUCAGUAUCCGCUUCCGUGAAUUGAAGAAUUGUUCACCAAGCUUCAGGGGGGGGGGGGGGCAAAAAUUUACAAAAUUAGAUUUAUCGCAAGCGUAUCAGCAAUUACAAGUAGAGGAGGCUUCAAGGCAGUUGCCGACGAUUUCCACACACAGGGGACCUUUCAGGAGACCAAUUAUUAUGACUACAAGAGGGAAAAAAAUUGUCAAUGCUGCUCUGUUACAAAUGGAAUUAGCAAAUAGAAAAAAAGAUAAAGGUGAAGAAAACAUCAACAGUGAACACACAAUCGAUGAAAUACGUUUAGAACCCGCUUUCGACGACAUGAUUGACGAUAUUGCCAAGGUUCAAAACGAGAUUGGAGAAGCUGCAAAAGAUGAAGCUGAAAAGCGAAAUAAAACUGAAAUUGAAAAAACAAAAGGUUUACAGACUGCAAGUGAGAAUGUUAGGAAGUUUAGUCGGAAUAAAGAAAAUUGGAGUCCAAUCGAUCCUCAGAGUCCUCAAUGUUCAUUUUGGAAAAGUUCCGGUAUUAAACAUGGAACAAAAUUAAAGUUAAAAAAAAUUACGAAAACCGGGAAACAGCAGGCAUUUGAAUCCGAUGACUUUUUCUCGGCAGAAAAUGGUGAUGAUUCAGACGCAGACCCGGAUUUUAAUGGUACAUCAAAUAAUUCUUCAACAAGCGACAGCAGCUUCUAUGAAGAGAAGAAACUGACGGAAAUAGGACAUGAACGUGGAAAACGCAGUACGGCUGAAGAUGUAGUUGUUGAGGAAGAAGUUAGAGUAGUACUCAAUGAACUAGCAGAAAAUCAAGAUCUGCCAAAAAAAACGAAAAAGAGAAAAGCAAAUCUAACAGAGUGGAAAAAAGAAAAAGCAAAAAUUCUUAGAAACAGCGGAAAAGGUUACCUUUCAUCUGCAAAAGUUCCAAAAGAAGUAAGAGGGAGGGCCAUUCAGCAACCUUGUGGCGACAAAUGCAAAGUAAAAUGUGCAAAUAAGAUCAGUCAGGAUAUGCGACAAAGAAUAUUUGAUCAGUACUGGAAUCUAGCAAAUCUUCAACUGCAGCGAGAAUACAUCUCCAAAAGUAUGAAUGUUGUUCGGCCCGCGUAUAGGUACCCGAGAGAAGGAAGUCAUCGAGGUUUGAAUCAUGCUUUCUAUUUCACAAUUUCUGGAAAACUCAUACGUGUCUGCAAAAUGUUUUUCAAGGCUACACUAGAUAUAACCGACCGGACAAUCAGAACGGUAAUUAAAAAAAAUACGGAUGGUUUUGUAGCUGCUGACCAAAGAGGGAAACAUGGAAAACAUAGAGUAUUAAAUCCUGACUUGGGAGCGAGCAUUCGUGAACACAUCAAUAGUAUACCCAAAAUAGAAAGCCACUAUUUACGAGCCCAAACCACAAGAGAGUACAUCGAAGGCGGAAAAACAAUUGCAGGAUUACAUCGUGACUACAUGGAGCAAUGCAUUCAAAACAACGUUUCUUAUGGAAAUUUGACACAAUACUCUAGGAUUUUCAAUAAUGAAUUUAAUUUAAGUUUCUUCACUCCCAAGAAGGAUCAAUGCGAGCUCUGCGUAGCUUAUAACAAUGCCCAAGAUGCAGAAAAAUGUGAACUCAAAGAAAAGUAUGAGACACAUCUCAGAGAAAAAGAACUGUCUAGAGAACAGAAGAGAAAAUACAAAGAAUUAACAGCAGUAAAUAAACGUAUUAUACUGGCAACCUAUGAUCUCCAAGCAGUUCUACCCGCUCCACGUGGAGAAGUUUCUGUUUUCUAUUACAAGUCCAAAAUUAACAGCUAUAAUUUCACAAUUAGUGACAUGCAGUUCAAGAAUGUCGCAUGUUACUUUUGGCACGAAGGAGAGGCGAACCGGGGUGCAAACGAGAUCGGGACAUGUGUGAUGAAUUAUAUAAAACAGACAGCUGAAUUACAUAAUGAUGAAAAUGUCGAAAUGAUCUUUUUUUCCGAUAAUUGUUGUGGACAACAAAAAAAUAAAUUUAUUAUAAGUAUGUAUUUGUAUGCAGUUCAAAAAUUUACUGUUAAAUCGAUAACCCACAACUUCCUAAUAAAAGGACAUACUCAAAAUGAGGGCGACAAUGUUCAUGCUGUCAUUGAAAAAUCUGUAAAACAAGCUUUGAAGUCAGGACCAAUAUACCAUCCAAUGGAAUAUGCCAGAAUAAUCCGCUCAGCUAAAAAAACAGGUGUACCUUACAAGGUAAUGGAAAUGUCACAUUCAGAUUUUACAAACCUGAAAGAUCUUGCGCAGCAGAUUGGGCCUAAUUUUAGCAAAACUACUGAAAACGAAUCUAUUAAAAUGGGUGACAUUAAGAUCAUCAAAGUUUUGAAGGACGAGCCUGGUGUGAUUUAUAUAAAAACAUCGUAUGAGCAGGAGUUUUUUAAGAAAAUAAAUGUUUUUGGUAAACGAAAGCAUCCAGUGAAUUUCACAACGCUGAAUUGCAAACCAGCAUAUUCAAGAAAAAUUAAUAUUCCCGACAGAAAAAAAACCGACAUACAGGAUCUCAUAAAUGGGAACCACAUUCCUAAAUUUUAUGAAGCAUUGUAUAACACAAUUUUAAAUUAAUGGUUAAAUUAGUAAUUUUAAUAUAAGGAUAAGGUGUUAU